AUGCCCCAACUCGGAGUGGUCACAGCGGAGCGGCGAGGUUCACACAAAUGGCGGCAAUAUCGCCCUCUUUGCUACUCCCCCACGGCCAAACCCUAGCUUCUCCUCCGCUCCAUCGGAGGCUCCUCCUCACCUUCGCCCGGAGAGCCCCCGCCCUUUCGUCUAGGGUUCCGGCGAGGAAGCGCCAUGGCCCUUCGCGCCGCUCCCCUCCGCCCCACGCUGUUGCGGCGGAAGAGGCCGCGGUUGAGACCGAGGAGCCGGAACAACAAGCGUCGUCGGCGGCGGCUAUGGUGGUGGAGGUGGAGGUGGAGAAGGAUAGGGUUGUGCUCCCCACCAACGACUCUUCAGAGCGGUUGCUUCGGAUUCGCCACACGUGUGCCCAUGUCAUGGCCAUGGCUGUUCAGAAACUCUUCCCUGGUUCUAAAGUGACUAUAGGUCCAUGGAUUGAGAAUGGAUUCUAUUAUGAUUUCGAUAUGGAACCUUUGACGGACAAAGACCUUAAAAGAAUAAAAAAGGAAAUGGACCGUAUCAUCAGCCGAAAUCUGCCAUUAAUAAGAGAAGAAGUUUCUAGAGAAGAGGCUCGAAACAGAAUCAUGGCCCUCAAUGAACCAUAUAAGUUGGAGAUUCUAGAAGGCAUCAGAGAAGAACCUAUUACCAUUUAUCAUAUAGGAAAUGAAUGGUGGGAUCUAUGUGCUGGGCCCCAUGUGGAAUCCACUGGAGAGAUAAGCAAGAAAGCUGUUGAGCUUGAAUCUGUUGCUGGGGCCUACUGGAGAGGUGAUGAGAAUAAACCAAUGCUGCAAAGAAUAUAUGGAACAGCAUGGGAGAAUGAAGAACAAUUAAAGGCUUACAUCCACUUCAAGGAGGAGGCAAAGCGCCGUGAUCAUAGGCGUUUAGGACAGGAUCUUGAUCUCUUCUCUCUGCAGGAAGAUGCUGGUGGAGGACUAGUGUUUUGGCACCCAAAUGGUGCCAUAAUCAGGCAUCUAAUUGAAGAUUCAUGGAAGAAAAUCCAUCUGCAACAUGGAUACAAGCUGUUGUACACCCCCCAUGUCGCUAAGGCCGAUCUUUGGAAAACAAGUGGCCAUUUAGAUUUCUACAGGGAGAAUAUGUAUGACCAGAUGAAUAUAGAAGAUGAACUCUAUCAGCUCCGUCCUAUGAACUGCCCGUAUCACAUUCUAUAUUACAAAAGUAAACUGCACUCAUAUAAAGAAUUCCCUAUCAGAUUCGCAGAGUUGGGAACCGUAUACAGAUAUGAACUCUCUGGUAGCUUGCAUGGACUGUUUCGUGUGAGAGGGUUUACUCAGGAUGAUGCACAUAUAUUUUGUUUGGAUGAUCAACUCAGAGGUGAAAUAAAAGGUGUUCUUGACCUGACGGAGGAGAUAUUGUUGCAGUUUGGUUUCAACAAGUAUGAGGUGAACCUUUCAACUAGGCCAGGUAAAUCUGUUGGUAGUGACAAUAUAUGGGAAAAAGCAACAGCUGCCCUAAAAGAUGCUUUAGAUGAUAAAGGCUGGAACUACCAGAUUGAUGAAGGCGGUGGUGCUUUUUAUGGUCCAAAGAUUGAUCUCAAAAUUGAGGAUGCUCUUGGAAGGAAGUGGCAAUGUUCUACUGUUCAGGUUGAUUUUAACUUGCCAGAGCGGUUUGACAUUUCUUAUGUGGAUUCAAAUGCUGAAAAAAGACGACCAAUUAUGGUCCACAGAGCUGUUCUUGGUUCUUUGGAGCGAUUCUUUGGUGUCCUCAUAGAACAUUAUGCCGGUGAUUUCCCUCUUUGGAUUUCCCCAAUGCAAGCUCGUGUUUUACCUGUCACAGAUAAUGAGGUGAACUACUGUGAUGAGGUUGUCUCGAAGCUACAAUCUCAUGGCAUCCGUGCAGAGCUUUGCCAUGGUGAGCGCUUACCAAAGCUCAUAAGGAACGCUGAGAAGCAGAAAGUGCCCCUUAUGGCAGUUGUUGGGCCUAAAGAAGUUGAAACCAAAAAUGUGACAGUUAGGUCUCGGUUUAGUGGAGAGAUUGGAACGAUGACUGUAGACGACUUCAUCGCCAGAAUAAAUUAUGCUGUUGAGAAGAAAACCUCACUGUAG